UUUUCUGCCAAAGCACAUAAACACGUUUCAAAAUCACUUCAUAGUAAGAAACCAUUCAAUUUCUUAUGCGUGAAUGACAACGGUCGAACUGUUUCUGGCAGUCAGCUGGGGUAGGUGGGGUCACAAAGAGCCAAGAUGGCUGACUUUGAGGAGCCGCUGUCAGAUGAGGAGAAGGUCCGCAUAGCGGCCAACUUUGUGACUCAUGCCCCUCCGGGAGAGUUCAAUGAGGUCUUCAAUGAUGUGCGGCUUCUUCUCAACAAUGACAACCUCCUCAGGGAGGGGGCAUCACACUCCUUUGCCCAGUACAACAUGGAUCAGUUCACUCCUGCCAAACUAGAGGGCUAUGAUGAGCCGGUGCUGAUCACAGAGCAUGGUGACUUGGGUCAAGGACGUUUUCUUGACCCCCGCAACCGUUUGUCGUUCCGCUUCGACCACCUAAGAAAAGAAGUCACUGACGUGCAGCCAUAUGAAGGAGAAACAGCCCUGAGAAGCUGGAGAGAUGCCUGUGAUACUUCCCUUAGUGCCUAUGUCAAAGAGCACUACCCUACUGGAGUGUCCACGGUAUAUGGGAAAACGGUUGAUGGUCAGCAAACGAUCAUAGCCUGUAUUGAGGGACAUCAGUUUCAACCCAAAAACUUCUGGAACGGACGCUGUAGGUCAGAGUGGAAGCUUACCAUUGGUCAAUCCACUGCUCAGGUGGUGGGAGUGUUGAAAAUCCAGGUGCACUAUUAUGAAGAUGGGAAUGUGCAGCUGGUUAGCCAUAAGGAGGUAGAAGAAUCAAUACCAGUGGCUAACGAAAGCCAGACAGCCAAGGAGUUUGUUGACAUUAUUGAGAAUGCGGAAAAUGACUACCAGACUGCAAUCAGUGAGAACUACCAGACCAUGUCUGACACCACCUUCAAAGCCCUGCGUCGCCAGCUGCCUGUCACACGCACUAAGAUCGACUGGAACAAGAUCCUAAGUUACAAAAUUGGCAAGGAGAUGCAGAAUGCUUAGUGGAAGGUCAGGGACUGACCAGGGAGACACCUGCUCCACUGGGCCCACAACCCACCUAUACAUGCGCAAGGACUAACCAAAGCAAAGCUAUAUCAGUAUGGGGCAUGGAAUUAAUAUUUAAAAAUACACAAAAAAAAGUAUAACUGAAGAGUUGCAGAUUGUUAGGCACAGAUAUCCGUCUGCUGUAAGGUUGCGGCUAUGGAGAUAAUCGUGGUUUGGUGAAAAAGAGGUUAUGUCUGGAUGUGUGUUGUCAAAGAGUUGUGUUGAGUCAGUGUGCAGGGCUGUGCUCAGGACUGCUACAUCAAAGAAGGAAUCACAAACCUCUCUAGAUUCAGGUGUCCGACGUUAGAAUAUUUCGUUUAAUUAAACUGAUGCAGAACUUGUUCAGUAAAGAUCUUAGCACGCACAGAGAAGAACUAAGGCAGCUGAUGAGAGAAAUUAAGCACACAUUUCAGAGGCAUAAAAAUAUGAAUUGUUUGAAGGUUUUUCAUUUCAUUGUUGGUGUCGUGUAUGGUAGAAUUGGGAAUCAGGUGCAUCAGUAAAAUCGGGACAAUUUUAUCUGACAUUUUAGCUGCUAUCAAGCUUAAAGUAUUGCUAAACUGACAACAUGGUCAUAAUUUGCCAAUAAAAAAAACUGACAGUAUUUCUACCUGUUUGCAUAAAAGCAUGAUCCUCAGCAUAGCUCUGUCCUUGCACUGUAGACAUUUAAUGUUUGUCGGUGUCUGUCAGGGCUGAGGGAAUGUUUACUUGUUUUCUGUUGUGCUCCACUGAUGUACGUGUCUCCACCCAUGAAAGCUAUGAUGACUGAAAUAAGAUAAAGCAACUUCUAUGCUGCUGCAUCUGUAAUGCAUUCUCUGUUCUUUUACUUUCGGCAACCUUCAUCACCUUCAUUGCUGUACAGCUUUUCCUUUGUGAAAGGAAAAACAUACUCAUAUUAACCAAGAUUUAUUUGCCAAAAUCUCUUUCCUAUGGUAAAGAACUCCAUCCUCCCACCCAUGUAUGCAAAAUUUCUAUUUUAAUAUGCCGGUUUUUUGUUGGAGUCUUAGAAUAUUGCACUCCUGACUGUGACAAGCUGUUUGUGUAUUGGUCAAUGCCAAUUGAGAGCAAAGCUGUUGCCAUGUAAGGCAAGAUCAUAUACUGUAUAUGUUACAUGACCUCUGUAAGGCCACAUCAUACUGUGUGUGUUACAUGACUUCUCAGUAGGCUGACUCUGGAUCAGUUACUUGUUAGCUAUACUAUGUGCAGUGUUCAACCCUCACACUAUACUACAACUGUGUGCCGAUCAGUUAUAAACUUCAAGACUGUACUGCCCCAUUCUGUUGUACAAAUAAAUGGAUUGAACAUC